AUGAAUUUGCUAACUGUUUUUGGAGUUAUUAUUCUUUCAGGGUUUCUUUUAGCUAUAGUAGCUGAUGCCAAGUCACGUAAACCAGAAGUACGCCCUCGACCAAAGCAGGUGAAAUUGAAGUCAUGUACAAAAUCAGUCUGUGUCGAUGCCGACGCUUAUGAGAAUGAUGAUGAUGACACGGAAUUUGUAAGAGGAAAAGGAAAGGGAAAGGGAAAUGGGAAUGGAAAAGGACGCAGACACAAUCAUUCCAAUAAUCCCGAGGAAAAGAACCAAGACCCAUCGUUGGAGGAAGGGGACAUACUACCAAGCAUAAAAAGGGAUGGCAGGGGUAGGUUUCGCCGCAAUGCUAUGGCAAUAGAUCCAUAUGAUGACCGCUGGACAGGGGGAAAGGUCCCAUACAUAAUACGUCCAGAAUUUACCGAUGAGGAUAAAAAAGUUAUUCAAGCAGCGAUGGAACACAUAGAAAUGAAAACACAGACAGACGCUACAAAGUGUAUAGAAUUUGUGCAAAGGACUACAGAAAUUUCUUAUCUCGAGAUUAAGAAAGAAGCUGGGUGCUCGUCGUACGUUGGGAAUUACUGGUUUCUUGAUGCGCAGCCAGUUAACCUUGACACUUACUGCAUUAAAUACGGACCAGGGGUAGCGGUCCACGAAAUGUUACACGCAUUAGGGUUCCACCAUGAGCAUAUGCGUACUGACAGGGAUAAUUAUGUGACAAUUAACUUUGACAACGUAAACCCAGAGAGGGUUAAGAAUUUCGAAAAGCUGGCCGAUAGUCACAACUACGAGCCUUACGACUAUGCGAGUAUUCUGCACUACAGUUCCGAUGCCUUUUCUAAACAAUUGGCCAGUGGGCACACUAUUGAGGCAAAGGAUAGCUCAAAAACUGACUUAAUCGGACAACGUCUUGCGCUUUCAAACAAAGAUAUCAGAGAGAUUCAGAAGUUGUAUGGAUGUCCAGUCACACCAGCGGUCGAUCCACCCGUUGUAGAUUCGUUUUGCACCAACGAGGAGUCAGAUACUCUAUGUACUUUUGUGAACUUAAACGAGGAGUGUUGGACCGCUCUUCCUAUUACGGAUGAUACAAGGCCGGACUAUGAAAUGACGCUCUGGGAUUAUUUCAAAGGAACGGCGCUUCAAAUGGACCCAUCAAAAUUGAAGCCGGGUACCGUUGGUCGCUUCCAGAUGAACGGGGUACCCGCGAACACAUAUUGCUUUGCAAUCAACUACUACAUGUUUGGUGCAAAUGGAAAACUUGAGGUGUAUGUAAUAAGUAGCACUGGACGGGAGCUGACUGUGCAUACUAUUCAAGGGCCAUUACCCGAAGACACAUGGUAUUUCAAAUAUGUCACAUUACUGCAAGCGGACACAUUUUCGGUUGGACUUAAGGGAACAAUGGGAACGGUUGGAAAAAUGCUAAUUGAUGACAUUAACCUAUUCACGAUGCCAGAAUCUGGCUUUUGUGACGAUUUCAUGCUUGACAAGAGACGGAGAUGAUUGCGCAUGCGCUUCUGACGUACUAUGUUUGCUGACUUUAACUACCGUUCUGCUGAGGCAAC